GCCUUCAACGCAAAAGGCACCGCUUCGAUACAGUGUUUUUUUUUUACGAAUUUCGAGUAAUAACACGUUAAUCCAUUGAAGACAUUGUCUCGAAUCUAGGUAUUGCCUUUAGAAAAUGAACAAAUAAGUAAUAUUUUUUCACUUCUUUCAUUUACUUCUCCAACCCCAAACCCCGGCCUGGUCUACUUAGUCUGCUUCGAACGCUUGCGCUUUUGCGUCUCUGGGUUUAGAAACUCUGUGUCCACACCUUGGCUCACACACCGCGACGCAAGGUGACGUUCAAUUGCACCGACGUCAAACGUUGCCCUCCACCAUGCGUAUUAAAUGUAUUGUUGUUGGAGUGGUUGUUAUGACUGGACAAGGCCUCGGUUUAAAUUAGGAGACCCCGCCGUCGCUGCCACGGUAGACCUGCCGAUGGAGGGCAUGGACAUAGACCUGGACCCGGAGCUCAUGCAGAAAUUCAACUGUAUGGGCACCACUGACAAGGAUGUCCUCAUCUCAGAAUUCCAAAGACUGCUGGGGUUCCAACUCAACCCGGCAGGAUGCGCCUUCUUCCUUGACAUGACCAACUGGAAUCUACAGGCAGCCAUCGGUGCAUAUUAUGACGUUGAGAGUCCCAGCAUCAACACACCAUCCAUGUCCUUUUUGGAGGAUGUGACGAUUGGUGAGGGAGAGUCUGUUCCCCCCGACACACCGUUCACAAAGACCUGGAGGAUACAGAAUACAGGUGCAGAGUCCUGGCCACCCGGGGUAUGUCUGAAGUACAUUGGAGGGGACCAGUUUGGCCACAUCAACAUGGUGAUGGUGCGUUGUCUAGACCCCCAGGAGAUCUCAGAUGUCAGUGUGCAGAUGCACAGCCCUGUGUCACCUGGCAUGUACCAGGGCCAAUGGAGGAUGUGCACAGCCACAGGACUGUUUUACGGAGAUGUGAUCUGGGUGAUCCUCAGUGUAGAGGUGGGGGGCCUUUUGGGCGUGACACAGCAGCUGUCCUCCUUCGAGACAGAGUUCAACACGCAGCCGCACCGCAACGUGGAGGGAGACUUCAACCCCUUCGCCUCACCACAGAAGAGCAAACACAACUCCGGAGACCACAACAACUUGAAAGACCCUGGAGGAGCCUGGGAGGGCACGCAGGACGCCAUCCAGCAAGAUCAAAACGGACUGUCUCACAAUGCUGUAAAUAGAGCAUCGAAUGGGCUCCAAAGCAAUCUAUCAGUAGUGACUUACAGUCAGUGCCACGUUUGGAUGUGGAUAAGAACAUCUCUCUUCAUGGCUGACUUUGAAACCGCCGAUUCAAUAUAGUGUUUUUUGUUGUCACGAAAGUACAUUGUUAGUGAAGUUCUCUGAUUUUCCAGGCGUUGCCACUACUGUACAGUUACAGAAUGUGUGGAAAACACAAUAGAUCUCUGCUCUGAAUUGUAGCACAGACCGAUUGUUCGGGAAAGCAUGCAGUUUAUUAGGCUACUAGCCAUUGUCAGAAAGUGGAUAUUUCUGGUUUUCAGGGGUACAGUAUUUAACAUAACCUAACGUAGCAUGUGUAUGAAACUGAUGUUAUUAGGCUACAGAUUGAGUAAGUUAUGAUGAGCUUCACAGGGUGGUGAAAGUGCACGGAGAUGAGCUUGAUGCUCCUUUCCAAUAAUUAUUGAGGGUCUUAACCUUGUGACAUUGAGAUCGAUGCUUGGUUGCCGUUUGACAAAUACAAAUAAUUUCACUCUUUUUGUCCAUAAUAA